AUGUCGGAAAAUGGCGAGCUUGUCAUAGCAGCCGUGGACGCCACUUUGGGCUGCUUGAAGGUGAAGACGCAAGACUGCAGCUUUAGUCUCCUCUGGGCUGGAUAUUGUCCUCGAAAGGACGAGGAGCAUGACAACAAGGUGGCACAGGAGGGACGGUGUUCUCCGGAACGCUGCCAGAGGAAUGAUAUCCAAAGGCCGGAAGAUGGCCAGAUAGCAAACGGUAUUGGCUCUUGCGACUCUCCAGAUGAGGAAAAGCAGCCUUCAUCUUGCCGCUCAGAUGAAUGUACGCCCGCUUUAAAGCUUCAAUGUCGCCUCCAGCCUGCUCCCGACAGGCCUCCCGCCUUGCACAGCAGCAACCGAAGCUCAGCAAUGCCCCGCCGCCACCAGCCAAAGAAAGCCCCGGCCAAGAACACCCGAGGGAAGAACUCUCAGAAUCGGAAAGUUACGGACUACUUUUCAAUAAGACGCAGUUCACGAAAAAGUAAAACGGAGCUCAAGUGUGAACAGAAGCACCUGAUUGACCAUCUCAUUAUAAACGGGAUAGAGGAAGGAAUGCAGGUGCGGCACAUGGAGGGAAAGGGGCGAGCUGUGUUCGCCGCACGACAGUUCCGCAAAGGCCAGUACGUGGUGGAGUACCACGGAGAUCUUUUGGAGAUGGCGGACGCCAAAAAGCGGGAGGCGGAGUACGCCCAGAACCCAGAGACGGGCUGUUACAUGUACUACUUUCAGUACCUCUGCAAAACGUACUGCGUGGAUGCCACCAAAGAGACCAAUCGACUGGGGCGUCUGAUCAAUCACAGCAAGAGCGGCAAUCUGCAAACCAAACUGCACGACGUGGACGGCGCCCCGCAUCUCAUCCUGGUGGCGUCGCGGGACAUCGAUGAGGGGGAAGAGCUGCUCUACGACUACGGCGACCGUAGCAAGGCGUCCAUCGCCGCGCACCCGUGGCUCAAACACUAA